UUCAAAGUUCAAACAAAGGAUGAUACAAAAUUAAUUAAAAUUAAUAUUGACCCCAUUUUUGUGUGUCGUUUGGUACUUUUCCCCCAAUUUUCCUCGAGAACAAAAGCACCCACCCUUUUAUUCUCCAUUAUUAUUCCACACGCUUCCAUCCACGUUGACUUCAAAACAAAAGAAACAUCGAAACAAACCCUAAAUUAGAUCUAUGGGGAAACCAGCUGGGAAAAGGAAGGAUCAUGAAUCACCAAAAGCAAACAACAAUCACAACAACAAGAAGGGUUACGAGCGUUCAUCAUCCUCAAAAGCAUUGGAUGAUGACACAGCUAUGUUCAUCAACAUGUCACAAGAGCUUAGAGAAGAAGGUAACAAACUUUUUUACCAGAAAAAAGAUAAUGAAGGUGCUAUGUUAAAGUACGAAAAAGCCCUCAAACUCCUUCCUAAAAAUCACAUAGAUGUUGCACAUCUUCAUACAAAUAUGGCUAUGUGUUAUAUGCAAUUGGGACUCGGUGAGUAUCCUCGAGCAAUCAAUGAGUGCAACCUUGCUUUGCAGGUUUCGCCUCGGUAUAGCAAAGCUCUUUUGAGGAGAGCUAAGUGUUAUGAAGCUUUGAAUCGGUUGGAUUUGGCUAUGAGGGAUGUUAGAGUUGUUUUGAACGCUGAGCCGAAUAAUCUUUCGGCGUUGGAGGUUCUUGAUAGCUUGAGAAAUACUAUGGAUGAGAAAGGGAUUACUAUUGAUGAGACCGAGAUUGCCUUGGCUGCUAUACAGCAGCAAGAGUCUCCCGCUGCUCGGUUUAGGAAAGUUGUUAAUGAGAAGAUUAAGAAAAAGAAGGGACAUAAAGGGGAAGGUGAGGAAGAACGUAAAAGUAAGGUUGUUGAGAAGAAAGCCAAUGUUGUGAAUGUUAAGGUGAAGGGUAAAGAUCCUAAGGAUAAGGUUAUGAAGGAUAAGAUUAUGAAGGAUAAGGUUAUGAAGGAUAAGGAUAGUGAGGAAAUUGUUAAGAAAGAUAAAGCGGUUACUAGGACUGUGAAGUUGAUAUAUGGAGAGGAUAUAAGAUGGGCGCAAUUUCCUGUGAAUUGUAGUAUGAAGUUGGUGAGGGAUGUGAUAAGGGAUAGAUUUCCGGGGUUAAAGGGUGUUCUUGUUAAGUAUAAGGAUAGGGAAGGUGAUUUAGUUACUAUUACUACUACUGCUGAAUUAAGGUUAGCUGAGGAUUGUCAUGUGCUUGGCUCGAUUCGGCUAUAUAUUACGCAGGUGGAUUUUGAUCAGGAGCCGCGUUAUGAUGAAAAGACGAGUAGUGGUGAGGUGAGAGUGGGGAAUGGAGUUGGAGAAGGAGACAGGGGUGUCAAGGCUAAUAGGAUGAUUACUGUGGAGGAUUGGCUUGUUCAGUUUGCGAGGCUGUUUAAGAACCAUGUUGGAUUUGAUUCGGAUUCGUAUUUGGAUAUUCAUGAGGUUGGGAUGAAGCUGUAUUCAGAGGCGAUGGAGGAUGCAGUGACCAAUGAUAGUGCUCAAGAGCUGUUUGAUAUUGCUGCGGAUAAGUUUCAAGAGAUGGCUGCUUUGGCUUUGUUUAAUUGGGGGAAUGUUCACUUGUCUAAAGCAAGGAGGCAAGUGCCUUUUCAGGAGGAAACGUCUUUCGAGCAUGUUAAAGCUGCAUAUGAGUGGGCUAAGAAGGAGUACAAGGAAGCAGAAAUGAGAUACGAAGAAUCUGUGAAAAUCAAACCGGACUUUUACGAUGGACUACUUGCUCUUGGGUAUCAGCAGUUUGAGCAAGCAAAGCUCUGCUGGUGUUACUUAAUUGCAAACAAUAAGAAAUUUGAAGUUGGCCCUUUUGAAGAGGUUCUACAGCUCUACAACAAGGCCGAGGACAGCAUGGAGAAAGGGAUGUUGAUGUGGGAGGAGAUUGAGGAACAGCGUUUGAAUGGACUAUCUAAAUUAGAUAAAUAUAAUGCACAGUUAGAGAAAAUGGGGUUACUUGGUCUUUUCAGGGAUGUUUCUUCUGAAGAAGCCGACGAGCACGCUUCAAAGAUGAGGACACAGAUAUAUCUUUUAUGGGGUACGUUAUUGUACGAGCGUUCUGUUGUGGAAUUUAAGCUCGGACUACCAACAUGGGAGGAAUGUUUGGAGGUUGCAGUUGAAAAGUUUGAACUAGCCGGAGCUUCUACAACUGACAUUGGUGUCAUGAUAAAGAACCAUUGUUCUAAUGAAACAGCAAUGGAAGGGUUUAAAAUUGACGACAUAGUGCAAGCAUGGAAUGAGAUGUAUGAUGGGUGGCAGUUUGAUGUUCCAACUUUCCGACUUGAACCAUUGUUUCGUCGGCGUGUUCCAAGACUCCAUGAAAUCCUGGAGCAAUUUUAAGUUUUCUUAUUGAGUUUGUCAUUCUUUAUAGAGGCAAAAUUAGUGCUUCUAUUUUCUUCCGUAAUAUUGUUGAAGGUUUCUACAUUCGAUUCCAAGACAGGUAUUUUUUCUUCAUUUUUGUCAAAACUCCGUGACGGGUGCUAAGAUUGAAUUAUUUUUGGUAUAGCAGUUUUGUAGAGGUUGGGAUGUUAGGGUUAUAGUAUUUGUUUUUACCAUUAAAGGGGGUAUAAGUUUUGAGGGUUUUUGCAGUUGUAAAAUCAGUAUAUGAUUCCAUUUGUUGGUUUGAGGUAAUGAGUGAUUGGAUUUGUUCAGUUUGCAAACACAAUAAACAAAAUUCAGCUUGCUGGGGUUUGAUAUUUAAGUUGUGAAAUUGUUAUUUAUAACAUUCUAUUUCUAUUAUAUUGUAUAGCACACUACAUUUUGUCAUCA